UCUGUUGAGUUUCAAAUCUAACAAAAUGUGAAGAGAGCGAACAUACAUAAUUUCAGCCAGCAGAAAGCAAUCAGAAAGCUUUUCUGGUCGAUUGGUUGCCAGUAUCUGUUCGACCCUCUGAAUUGAUUGGAUAACACGGAUAUAGGAAUGACCUAGUGGUUUUCAAACUCUACUAAAUAAAAAAUUUAUAAUGCUAAAAAUAAUAAAAAUUGUUUGAAAUUAAAUUUGUAUUUACGCGUAUGAUAAAAUAUUAUUUCAUUGGUUGUGUUUGAAAACAAGUACCUAUAUUGUGACAUGUGCAAAAAAGUGAAAAGACGAAAAUAAAACCCAUGCGAAGCUAAUUUAAUAUUUAAAUUAUGAGCUUUUUAACAAAUUCCAAUAUCCACAAAGAAAGCAAGCAAGAUCCUUGAACGGACGCUAAACCAUUUAACUAACCUCAAUCAUUAGCUGUGCCAACUUCGUCGCACAAAUUACUUUAAUGGAAUCGGAACUUCGCAAACCGGCCAACAAAAGCUACACUUAAUAUGAAUAACAUUGGGGAGAAAAAAUAUAAAGAAACUCUUCUGUCAGUACAAUUUAACGGCAAUGACUUCCAGCCACAAUAGUAGAAGAAAGCAUAAGCCACAUCAAUACAUCAAUAAAAUCAGUCCGUACAUACAAGGAAUGGCAGUUAAAUCAAAAAAUUGGGCCACGUAUCAUUUACUUUCACACUUUUCGGUUCAUUGUACGUCGACAUUGUUACCAUUUUGCAUAUUUAUGCGAAAUACGGCGACAGUGUAUCGGAUAUGGAUAAUCGGCAUACUGGUUUGCAUCAUUUUUCCUUUACACAUAGUUGAUUGUGUGGAUCCAAAGUUUGAUCCAUCGACACGCAUGCGACUAGUUUUAGUACCGGCAGAUGCACAAGUUGGAUCUGUAAUAUAUCGGUUACGUGCCACGGACGAAGAGUUUGACUAUCCACUGACAUUUGAAUUGAUAGGAGAUGCAGCGUCAGCCACUAUUAAAAUUGAAUCACUUCCAUGCACAAAGUACAAUUCUGUUUGCCAAGCAAAUGUCGUGUUACAGCGCCGUUUGGAACCAGGACGCUAUUAUGACUUCCAGGUAUCUGUAAAGGAUACUAAAGGUGGAGUGGCUAGUCAGUUGUGCUCCAUUACUGCCACUAAUUUUACUACACCUCAUGACCUCAUAUUUCCUCACAAGCCGGGUAUAAUCAUGAUUCCCGAGGAUGCAAAGCGUGGUACAGAAUUGGACUAUGUAAUUGCACGGAAAAAUCCACUUUUUCAAAAGCCAGUUUACCUUGAACUAUGGGGCAGUCCUCUUUUUGCCAUAAGGCAAAAAAUUGUAUCCGCAGAGACCACAGAAGGUACCGUGUUUUUGCUGGGGCCACUUGACUUUGAAAAGCAAGCAAUGUAUCAUUUGACUAUAUUAGCUAAUGAUGCAUACGCUGAACCUGGACAAGAUAGUCGAAAUAUAGCAGGCCUCGAAGUAGUAGUCAUUGUGCAAGACGUUCAGGAUCAGCCACCUGUAUUUACGUCAGCUGCACCUGUAACAAAAUUGCCACCCGGUAUUCUUCCGGGCGAUAAGAUACUUAAAGUCCAUGCCGAAGAUGGCGAUAAGGGGAGUCCUCGGGAAGUUCGAUACGGUCUUGUUUCGGAAGGGAAUCCAUUUACUUCCUUUUUUGAUAUUAAUGAUACUAGCGGAGAAAUAUUUUUGAUGCGCCCCCUCGAGGAUAUUGCAGCAAUUACUCAUGUUGGAGACCCAGUCUUGCUCACAGUAAUUGCAGAGGAAGUUAAAGUUGGCCGCAACGAACCUCCUGCUAUGGCUUCAACAGUACAAUUGGCUUUCUUUUUACCUGAACGAACUAACUCGGCUCCUUAUUUCGAAAAUGAUCAUUAUGUAUCGAGAGUGGAUGAAAAUGCACCUCAGGGUACAGCGCUCACAUUCGUCGAUCCUUACGUGCCACGAGUUUAUGAUGAUGAUACCGGAAAAAAUGGUGUUUUCUCUUUAACGUUACUUAAUAAUAAUGGCACUUUUGAAAUUUCACCCAAUGUUGCCGAACGUAGUACAACAUUUUUAAUACGCGUACGAGACAACAUUCUUUUGGAUUAUGAAGAACGUCAUUCUGUAGAAUUCCAAAUAUUAGCACAAGAGUUAGGACCUGCCACAAAUCUUUCAACGACUGUUAACGUCACUGUAUAUAUAAGCGAUGUAAAUGACAAUCCGCCCAUAUUUGAACAGGCGAUAUAUACUGUUGAGCUGCCAGAAAAUAUGACUAUUGGAACAAAAGUGGUCCAAGUUAAAGCAACUGAUGUAGAUUCGAUGGAUCUAGACGGUCAUGUACGGUAUACAGCUAUAUUGGGUUAUUUAAAUACAUCAUUAAACUUAGACGCCGAGACUGGCCUAAUUACAGUAUCCACCAGUAACCAUGGGUUUGAUCGGGAAGUCAUGCCUGAAUAUCAUUUAUAUGUAGAAGCUCGCGACAACGAUGGUACUGGCAAUCGUGCUCAGGUGCCAUUAGUUAUAAAACUAAUAGACGUGAAUGACGAAAGUCCGAUUUUUGAAAAGGACCUGUAUGAAUUUAUAUUAGCUCCAGAUUUGAAAAGCUUUACAUCCCCAGCCAUUAUACAUGCCAUAGAUAAAGACGCAACCGCGCCUAAUAAUGAAGUUCGCUAUGAAAUAAUUAACGGUAACUACGAAAAUAAAUUUAUUUUAGACAAAAUAAGUGGAGAAUUGAAGGUGCGAGAAAAAAUUACACUACGAUCAAAAGUUAGAAAACGACGUCAAACACUGUACCAUACUUAUGGCGAUAUAUUUUUGCUAACGGCGCGUGCAUACGAUUUAGGCGUACCGGUGCGGUUCAGCACGACCUCUAUUCGUAUAUAUCCACCGGAAAGCUUAACACGCACUGUAACUUUUGUGGUGCCAGGGGAAAAUCCUGAAAAAACAAAAACAGAAGAAAUACUUUCAACAAUAACUGGAGGAAAAGUGAUCAUUCAUGAUAUUAGACCGCUACAGCCUGACGAGCCAGGCGCCAAAACAAUUACGGGUGGCAAUGCGGACUCAAUGGAAAGAAGUGUUGUAACAGCCACAGUCCUAUAUGAUAGUACAUCGGUUGUAGAUAUCUCACAGAUACAGCAUCGUUUGUCGCUGCACAAUAGCUCUUAUGCGAUAAUGAAUAACCAUGAUACAGAAAAAACUGACAAUUUAACUCCUUUACAGACGCUCUACAAAGCGGAAAAUAAGCUUCUCUUCUGGCUUCUAAUACUGCUGGCUACUUUGGUUGCUCUAACAAUAUUGAUAUUACUAUUAUGCUGCAUUUGUUCUUGGUGUCCGUUAUAUGGAGCUGCGAGCAAAAGAAUAGUUAAUGUCAGUAAAACUGAAGACGAUGUUCACCUAGUACAUAGGGAAAUGGCAAACGGAAAACAUGCAAAGUCUGUUCAGGUCGCCGAGUGGAUGGGAAGACGAGAGGCCUGGUCCGCCGAGAAACCAACAGAUUCGCGAACGAAGCCAACACGAUGGGAAUUCCACAAUGGACGUGAGCAAUUUAGCGAAAGCGUAGGAGUUCAUCAAGCUUCCACCAAUGAUGAUAUGAGGCGAUCCAUCCAUUCAGCAGAAGAACAACAAAAGCGUGUGAAAAUUAGAAAUAUCCGCACAACCAAAGAUGAUACAUUUCAUAAUUCCAGAACUAACUUAAUAAAUGAUAGAGAUGUAUUCGUUGAGGAUGUGGCAGAUGAUGAAGACCCAUUUGAACAUAGCACAGAAAUACGAAAGUCACAAAAAUACCAAGAAGGCCAUGGAAAAGAAAACAGAAAAGAAAUUGAUGAAGAUUCAAUGCGUCGCCAUGAAAUGGACCGAGGUAGUGAUGUCGACGAAAACACAGGGAGGAGCAGUUUGAAGAAUAAGCGAGAAUUUUUUAUAAAAGAUGGAAAUAUUGAAAUAUUGCAACUUAUGACUAGAGGUAAAACUCGAGACGGCGUUGCGGCAGUGGACGAUGACAACAAUAUAUAUGUGAAUUUGCCUGUUAAAUCAGCGCACCUCUCUCAGCCACAAUUGCUUAUGGUUGAUAAUAGCGGAAAAGAAAUUCUAAUGCGUCGUUUUAUUGAGGAACAACCAGAUGGCAAACAAAUCAUACGUGAACAUUAUCAAAUCGUUCCAGGUGCUACUUAUAUACAAUCUAUGCCUAAUGAAAUUGAACAACAUUACAGCGUAAAGGGUGAUACAUUUGCUAUCGGUAAAUCGGGCCCCAAUAGUGUGGUAUAUUCACAAACAGAACCUGAAGUAAAAGUCAUACAUACACAGCCUGCUCAAGGAGCAAUGACACUACAGACAGAAGGCCUCUUAAGUCAAGCUCAACAUUCAAUAUCAAAUCAGUCGUUGACUCAUGAACUUGAGAACUCUUUGAAGCAUCAAAAUUUAUUAUUACGGCAAAUCUUGAUGGAGAAAGAGAAAUUCCAAAACCAAUAUACUCAGCCAGAAUUGGUACUAGAAACACAAAGCCUUCCGGGUCACUCCGUAGCAAUCGCAACACAGACAGAUUGUGAGGUUGCUACUCAGACAGAUAGUAAUGUAAAAUCUCUUGAUGAAACAUCUGUAAAUAUGCGAGGAAAAUCCUUACGACGCAAGGCUAAAAGCGAAAACGAUGAUACUAUGUCAGAAGGAGAAUUUGAGUAUGUGCGUUAUAGUCCUCCUGACAGCCCCGAUGGGGUGUACUUGAUUAAGCGUAGGAAACAUAAAACACGCAGUAAAUAUCGGAAUCAUGCACAACCGAAAAAACGAAUUGUUAUGGUAGAAAAUAUUAAAAGAAAAAUACGUACACCUAUCAAGGAAGAGGAUGAUGAAAUAGUUGAAUAUAAGAGGCGAUCGCCACCUCAAAAACCACUUCGGAAACAUGCCGAAACAAAAACUAGUGUUUUAAGGCGUAAGAAAAAUGAAGAAAUGAAAAGAACAGAAAGUAAUUUACAUCGCCGAGAGCAUGGAGCAAACCGGGAAAUUUUAUUAGAAAUAUCUGAUGCGUUAAACAAUAGAUCAAUAAGUCCAGAGCAGUAUCAUACAAUAAGACUUGACGAAAUAGAUAAUUUCAAGGUAGAAAACAAUGUUAGCGAUGAUGGUGACGAUGGUGAUGAGAUAGAAUAUUCCAACGAAUCCGAUGUUGAUGAAAUAGUCAUAAAAAGUAAUGCAUUUACGCCGAAACCAUCCAAGCAAAAAUCUCGCGUGAUGGAUGGUAGUGGCUCGAAAUUUGGUGAACUUCCUUCAAAGAAUGGCACUUCGACAGAGAAAUCAGUUAAUGGAAGUUUCUCGAGAUCUUCCUCUGAAAGAGACAAUUUACCGGAAGCCUGGCCUCGAAUGUCCCGAAUGGAAACUUCACAACGACAAAAUCGUUAUCAUGAAUCAAAUAGUCGUUUAGGUAAUGAAAAACAUAAAUCGAGCUCGUUGAAUGUUUUGAGCCGAGCGCACAUUGAAGCAAACGACAUAAGCCAUUCAGUGAAAGAACGUGUGUAUCAAAGCGAGACUGAAUUAAAUGAUCAAGACAAAACCGAUGUGACAGGAAAGGGUGUGCCAAAAUACAUGGAAUGGUACUAUAGCAAACAAAAACGUACAAAUAACAAAACGUCAUCCGACCUGAAGUCAAUAACAGGUGCAACCAAAAAGAAUAAAGUAUCAGAAAAACGUUCAACGAAGACACGCUUAAACGCUAAGCCUGAUAACACUAAUACUAACGAUUUGAGAAAUAUACCGGAGCCUGCACCAAGAAUAUCACCACCUAAAAAUAGGCUUCUUAAAGAAGAUAUCGUAAUGAAUAAACAGCACAAACCUGUGAUUGAGACUGACACUAGCCAUCCACUAUUGCAACACUCAGAGCACAGAUUUGAGCGUGAGAACGCUCACAAGGUACCGUUACCACCAUCGAAACUGCCGCAUUACAUGUAUCCAGAGACACCUCCAUUCGUAGCAUCUAAGGAACAAACAAAUAGCAAUGCAAAAGUUAUUGCCAAACCGUCACCGAUUAAAGAGAAUGAAGUAAAAGUUACAACCUCGAAAAUAAGUUUAAAUAUAGAAAAGGCGAACUCAGUGAGCUCCAACUCCGGUAUUAAUAAAACUAAUACACAGCCACACGCCCAAAAGCAACUAAACGCAUCUACUUUAGAGGACGACCUCGAUUCAGGCAUAGCAAUGAACUCCUUACUCAAUAGUAUGGGUCGACGGAACCCGAUUGCAGAUAAGAAAAGUGUGUUUUCGAUUGCAUACGACGAUGUUAGUCGGGUAAAGAAAAUAACAUCGGGUGGAGAAUCACCACAAUACUCAUAAGACAUUAUUUGCUCUACACACAACGGUACAUUAAAUAAACGUCCUAAUAUUUUAAUAAUUUCAUUACUAUGAUGUAUGUGAUACUUUUUAAGGCUCCCUUAUGUUAAAUUUAUACUUUAAUAUUAAAAUGUAUAACUAAAAAGUUUUUGUUAACCUCAUCCACACCUUGAUGUACAUAGAUUUUCUUUAACAUACAAAAACAAACAAAAAAUAUUCAUUACAUCAACUUCUUAUCUUUCUAUCAUCGGAGUUUGUUAUAUCUAUAUUUUCUACUAUCUAUUAUUAUUAUUAUUCCUACAUGUAUCGGGGUACCGAUUUUUUGUGACACUGUUUUUAACAAAUUUCGUCUUUUAAAUAUACGAGUACACUGUUAGAUCUUGUGACAUGUAAGUAAUGCAAACAUAUCCACUCAAAUCGCAAUUUUUUAUGUAAGUUCAAAAGUUAUCGUUACCAUUUUUUUUUCAUUAAUUCCAUCACGAAAUGUAGGCCACACCCAGGCUCGAAGAGUAUACUUGGCAAUCCUAGCGUAAAUAAAAGCAGUUUGAAAUGCACCAAGCUUCGGUAAAUAUUUUUAUGAAAGAUCUCUGUUUUAAUAAUUUAAAAAAAAAAAAAAACUUGUAUAUUGAGUAGGAAUGUGUUAGACUCAAUGGGUCCAAAAACCGGCUCGCCCCAGUGUACACAAUAGAUGUAUAAUAUGGCACACCCAUAUCUAGAAUUUUCAAGGCAAAAAGUGUUUGUAAAUAUUGCGCAAUAAAUUUACUUAUUUGAAUUAGAGGUAGAAUAGAUACAGAUACUUACUUAAAUGAAAUGGAAAGUAAAUCUUCUGUAAUUUACUUCAGUUAUAUAUUUACUAACUAGCGGAAAUAUUAUUAUUAGAUAUGUGCAAUUAUAUGUACGAGUAUACACAUACAUUAGUGUAUAUACUAUAUACUCAUAUAUGUAUAUAUACAUAUACAGAUGUACAAAUGUCAAUGAUUUUUAUAGGGACUUCGCUUUAAGUUUAACGCACUCUGUUAUGCGCAUAUAUUAUUAUAUUAUAUAUUAUAAUACAUACAUACAUACACGUAUUCUGUAAGAUAUUAUAAAAUACAUUUAUAUUAUACUUAAGAUAAUAAACAAUCCCACAAAGUUUUUGUAAAUGCAUUUAUUAGUUGCAUUUCAUAUAAUCAGUAUUUACAAUCCCUCUAUUAGUUAUUUCCAAAUUGUAGAGGAAACCACCAAUCAAUGUUUGUAAGUAAAAUUCAUAGCGCGUAAAUUCAAAUACAUCUUGUUUACAUAAAAUUACCAGCGGUACCCAGGUGUGUUUCGCUACACCAAAACAUUUAAUGAAAAAAGCAUAAAAUCCUCGAAUUUUUUAUAUUAA